AUGACAGACACUGACAUGGCCAACUCUGGCUCUUCAAAGCCGGAAAGACUUCCUAUCACCGUCGAGAAGCCUACCCCCUACACCUUCGAUCUAGGCAACCUCAUGGCCAAUGACCCAAACCCGUUAGAGCUCCCACAGGGCGAAUCACUCGACAGCGCUCUGCAAGCAGUCGCCCGCGAUGGCACCCAGGCCCUCAUCAACCAGCUUCUCACAACCUGCAACAUCACCUCAUCAGUCGACAACGGCGUUCUCCUGAGCCUCCCAGCCCCCAACACAACCCUCCCCCGCCAUAAGCCCCUGCCAACCCCCAAACCCCCCACCAAGUGGGAGCUCUUCGCCCGCAAGAAGGGCAUCGGCAAGUACAGCUCCAAGCCCGGCGCCGCGCUGGCCGAUAAAGAGCGCCGCAAGAACCUUGUCUACGAUGAGACGACGGGCGAAUGGGUGCCGCGUUGGGGCUACAAGGGUAAGAACAAGGCCGAUCAAGACCAGUGGCUUGUUGAGGUUCCGGAGAAGGACUGGAAGAAGGAGGAGGCGGCUGCCGAGAAGGGUAGCUCGAUCCGCGGCAUGUCGCGUGCCGAGCGUAAGGAUAGGAUUAAGCGCAAUGAGCGCAAAAUGCGCGCGAAUGAACGCAAGGCUAAGAAACCCAGUAGAGGGUAA